AAGAUGAAAGUGGGCAAUUUUUGUGAACUGCACUAUUUCACCAACACAGGGUUGAAUGAUGCCAAAGCUGCAAUGCUUAUUGUGGAACCAGACACACUCAUCAUACUCCCAGAAGCUAAUGGAGCUCACAUGUGGAUCCCAGCAGUGGCCGUCAAAGACCCCAAGGCAGCAGCAGUUAUUAGAGAUGAGAAUCUCUCAUGGAAAGAAUUUAAUGAAGUGGCCCAUCAUAUGAUCUCCAUGAUGAGAAUCCAAGACUGGCCAGAUGAUCAUGUCAACAUGCACAUUCAAUUCUGGUCAGUGCUGCAGACCCACCAUUGGCACCAUGCACCAGACCAGCUCAAACAGCGAGCACUGCUUCUGUACCAA